AUGUAUAGACAAAUACCUUUAUCUGUUGCGUUCAGUAGUGAAAACCCUGACGUCAAAAUAAAGGGGAACAGAGUAACGUUUAAGUUUCCAACAGACUGGAUUGUGAACAUAAAUGAAGAGAAGUACAUUGGCAUAACAAAUAUGUAUAUAACACGUGCUUUCAGAAAGGUUGACUUUAUACUUCAAGUCGAGAUAGAAAAUGACGAACAGUCUUUAAGCGCCCAAAACAUUCACAUAUACAAAUACUUUAAAGACGAUACAACAUUGCAACAAUGUAUGAUUUCAUUUAAUGAAAUGUUCGAGAAAAAGUUUAACAUUGAAGUACAAACUUUACAGCCUUUACGUGAGUUUCUUGCACAACUGAAAGAAGAAGGUAGUCAGCCACAACUUAUAGACUUUCAUUAUGAAUUUAAUGAAAAUGAAGAUGGAACUCAUGACUGUCAGUUUGUUGUAUUCUCACCAUUCAAUGAAGUAGCUAAAGAGAAAGAAAAUCCAUUACGUAUAAGAUUUCAAAUCUCUGAACCAAGUGAUGAUUUCAAGAAUGUUUUCAAUUAUGAUGCAAUGCUUCCGAGGAAAAAUGAAUUUUCAAAGAUUGUAACACCUGGCAUUUGGGAUAG